UCUUGAAUUUAGUGUUUAGAAGAGCCGUGGGAUCUAGAGCUUGGUUCGUGAGAAGCGUAGCACAACAAUGGACCCACUGAAGAUUGGCAUCAUAAUAGUGAGUGACCGGGCGGCGGCAGGCAGCUCAGCCGACCUGACUGGGCCCCGGCUCAGCGCGCUGCUCGAGGGCGGCGAACUCUUCGUGGCCAAGCUCGUCCAGCGGAUGGUGGUGGCUGAUGAGCGCGCCGACAUACAGGCGGCCGUGACCGGGCUCUCGGACCGCUGUGACGUGCUGCUGACCUCGGGCGGCACGGGGUUUGCGGCGCGGGACGUGACACCCGAGGCUGUGGCGCCGCUGCUGGAGCGGUCGGCGCCCGGCCUGCUGGCUGCCAUGCUGCACGGCUCACUGGCCGUCACCCCGCUGGCCAUGCUGUCGCGGCCGGUGGCCGGGGUGCGUGGCCGGUGUGUGGUGGUCACGCUGCCGGGCAGCCCCAAAGCGGCCGAGGAGUGCGUCCGGCUGCUGGCGCCCGGCCUGCCGCACGCCGUCGACCUGCUGCGGGACCGACGGACGCGCGUGGAGCAUGUGCACCUGCAGCUGCAGAGCGAUACCGUGCCCCAGUGGACCCAUCUCAGGUGUCGCGCCGGCACCGCCGCUCGCCGUACCCCCACCAUCCCGCUGGCCAGGGCGCAGGAGGUCGUGAUGGACGCCGUGGCUGGCUACGAGCGCUCCGUCGAGACGCUCAACAUCUCUGCCGCGCAGGACCGCGUGCUGGCAGAGGACAUCGUGGCUAAGGUGCCACUGCCACCUUUCCCGGCCUCGGUGAAGGAUGGCUACGCCGUCUGCUCGGCAGAUGGUGUUGGCGUCAGACAUGUGCUGGGUGCCUCCAACGCCGGUGUGGACGGUGACGGCGCGGCGUCCACCGUGCGGCCCGGCACCUGCGUGCGCAUUAGCACCGGCGCUGCCGUACCGGCCGGCGCUGACGCCGUCGUCAUGGUGGAGCAGACCCGGCUGGCGGAGGCGUCCGAGGACGGCACGCGCGAGCUCACCGUGGAGAUCCUGGAGGCGCCGCGCGCCGGCCAGGACAUCAGGCCGGUGGGGAGUGACAUCGCCAAGGGCACCCUGGUGCUGGACUCCGGCCGCCGGCUCGGACCGUUCGAGCUCGCUUCGCUGGCUGCUGUCGGUGUCUGUCAGGUCACAGUGUUCAGCCGGCCGACCGUUGCCGUCAUGUCGACGGGUAACGAGGUGCAGGAGCCGGGCCGGCCUCUGGAGCCCGGCCGGAUCUACGACACAAACCGGCUGUCGUUGCUGGCUGCCCUGCCGGCCACCGGUGCUUGCGUCAUCGACGCCGGCAUCGCCAUCGACGAGCCGGAGCAGCAGCUGGCAGCGCUCCGAUCGGCGCUCAACCGCGCCGAUGUGCUCGUCACCACCGGCGGCGUCUCCAUGGGCGAGCGUGAUCUGGUCAAGCGUCUAUUGACCGACGACCUCGGCGCCCAGGUCCACUUCGGCCGCGUCUUCAUGAAGCCCGGCAUGCCAACGACGUUCGCCACGCUGACGCUAGAUGGCAGGUGCAAGUACGUGUUCGGUCUGCCUGGCAACCCGGUGUCGGCGGCGGUGUGCAGCGUGCUGCACGUGAUGCCUGCCCUGCGAGCGAUGGCCGGCCUGCGCGACUUCCAGUACAGCAAGCUCCGUGUGCAGCUGGAGUCGGAGGUUCGUCUGGACCCCCGCCCUGAGUUCGCGCGCGCCACUCUGACGCACUCCCAGACCGGCCGACUGCCGGUAGCGCGCGUUACAGGCAGUCAGAUGAGCAGUAACGUUCUGAGUCUGUGUCGGGCUGUGGCGCUGCUGGAAUUGCCGGCCCGGACUGACCAGCGCGCCUCCCUGCCCGCUGGCGCCGAGGUCGACGCCAUCGUUGUCUUCGGGCAGCUAUGAGUGUCAGCUCCGGCCAGGCGCUGCCGGUCAUCUAGGACGAAGAACGCGCGGCUGACAGGUCUCCUGCGCUGCGCCGAUCGGACGGUGGGUCGAAAUGGGCGUGGCGGGAAGGACCCGAUGUUCUGAAGCUGCUGGGCCGGACGCGGUCCACGGAUGCCAGCCCAUGUAUGAUGUACUUGAUACGUGAUCGAUUUUAUACAGGAAUUAGUUACCUGGCUAGACUGACGCAUGACGCUAUGCGCGGCCGAAAUUUGGUACCGCGGAUAUGUAAUCACCUCAUGGUGUGCCUGUAUGAAGUGGCGGGUAUCUGCAUAUUGGCAGCUGGGUAUGCGGCUGUGGGCGGACCUGCAGACAUUUAGAGAAUCGCAUGAUAAUGUGUUCGGCCAGGGUACCUCGAACUUGGAACUUGGUAAUGGGUCAAAUGUCUUUGGGGGUUAUAUCUGUGUUUCGUAUUAGUACACGAAAUUAGAUACGAUGAUAUGAAUAGUAUGCUAUGGAACACCUUAUUAUGCUGAAUAGAUAUU